AUGUCCGUUGAAUUGAUACCAGACUCCGCAUGUCAUUUCCUUCGGCGAUUGUUGACAAAACUAGGACUGCUUGCUUCCAUGGCCGGGGUCUUGGGUUGGAUCGUAGAGCAAGUCGUUGAUAACAGCCGAAAAUCCGGGAGGGUCUGGGGGAGAGUGAGGCUCCAGAAGAUUUUCUCCAACUUCCUGUUGGUACAGCUCGAGAAGCAUAUCCCACAGGUCCGGGUCCUCCUCGGCAAAGAUCUGAUCGGCAAUGUCGGUGUAAGACAAGCAGAGAUCCUUCUUCAACUCUCCACGCUCUUUGAGUUUGAGCAGAACGCUUUUCACUUCUGGGGUCUGAAGUUCGCGUUCGAGUUCUCUCAAGCGGGACUUCUUCUCUGCGGUGGCCAGGAUUGUCUUAUGGUGCUCCACAAUCUGUGGCCAUUUCUCCGAGAUGAACUUGGAGAGCACGUUCUUAAUCCAUUUAGGAGGAGAGGAUGGGGUCGCGGUAGGAUCAGCCAAUGCGUGCCGAGUAGUUCUGACACUGUGCAUGGUCUUCUGAACCCUGUGAGGGACGUGGCUGAACAGCUCCUCGCGGCGUUUGAGGGCUUGUUCAGCAGGAGUUAG